AUGUCCCUUCGUUGGAUCCUCUCUCGGCUUCUCCUCAGCCUCCUCCCACUCGCUGUUACCGCUACCGUCUAUCUGUACCUCUACCCCGUCUUCUCUGGCUGCGCAUAUCCUCUCCCUCUGAACAGCUCCAAUGCCUCACAGCGUCCCAGCGCAUUCAUUCACACCCUCAGAACACACCUCACACCACGCUCAACGCCAGGCAUAGAGCCAGCGAUCUUCCGCCUCCUCGUCUUAGCCGACCCUCAGCUUGAGGGGGACAGCUCUCUCCCGCGCCCAGAAAACGAACUCGAAGCCCGACUCCAAAAACAUUGGAACGAUGCCCUCCUAUCUAUACAUACCGCGCCAUUCCCCGUCCACCUUGAUGUGUGGAGAACCAUCUCAGCGGCUCUACGGAGUCUCCUGGCGCAAGAUCUGCCGCGCGCCUUUGCCGCACAACGCAAACGGCUCGAUCUUCUAGGAAACGACUACUACCUCGCGCAUAUUUUUCGCACUUUACAUUGGUGGACGAGGCCGACGCAUGUCACCGUCUUGGGCGAUCUAAUAGGGAGUCAGUGGGUUACGGAUGAGGAGUUUCAGCGGAGGGGGAGUCGGUAUUGGCGUCGUGUGUUCAGGGGCGGAGAGCGUGUGGACGAUGAGCUCACUCGGACGGGCGAGAAGGGGUACGCUAAAUCUGAAAGUGAUGAAGUGAAAGUAGAUGAGCUGUUACCAUUCUCGCCGUCAUGGGCACACCGAAUCAUCAACAUUGUCGGCAACCACGACAUCGGGUACUCGGGGGACGCCAGCGAACAGCGCAUCUCGCGCUUCGAAGAAGUCUUCGGCCGCGCGAACUGGGAUAUCAGGUUUCAGCAUCCCCCGAUUGGUAAUAUAACGCCGUCGCUACACUUAAUCAAUCUAAACAGCUUGACACUCGAUGGACCAGCUUAUUCUCAGGACAUUCAGACUCAAGGAUACGCUUAUAUCAACAGUAUUAUUGACCGAUCAUACCCAGUCGAAGACCGGAGCACGUUCACGCUCCUGCUGACACAUCUCCCGCUCCAUAAACCUGAGGGUGUCUGCACGGAUGGCCCUUAUUUUACUUUCUUUGAGAAAAACGAUGAAUCCGGGAAAAAGCGGUAUAAAGCUGGCGGGCUGCGCGAGCAGAACCAUCUCAGUGAGUUUGUCAGUUCCAACGGGAUCCUGCAGGGAAUUUUUGGGAUGACUGGGGACGAGGGCGCGCCGGCGGGUGGGCGGGGGAGGAACGGGCUCAUCUUGACGGGCCAUGACCAUACGGGGUGUGAUGUCGUUCAUUCUAUACAGAAACAACCACAGCAGCCACCUGUCGAGAAUAAUGAAGGCUCUUUCCCCGACGAGGCUGAGAGUGGCCAACAGAGCUGGACGUGGAACACAACCCGCUACGACCCAUCCGGACCCCAGGACUCAUCAUCUCCAUCUAUUCGAGAAAUCACCCUUCGCUCCAUGAUGGGGGAGUACGGCGGCAACGCAGGCCUUCUGUCAUUGUGGUUUGACACUGCCGCUUCGGAGUGGAGGUACGCUGUCACCAUGUGUCCCGCCGGCGUACAGCAUAUCUGGUGGGCUGUUCAUGUCGUUGACCUUACCACGUUUAUUGUUGGAUUCUUGUACGCCUUGGUGCGUAUAUCUGAAUGUUUUGGCACCGACUCGUCUUCGAUACCGCCCGCGGUUGUUGGGGAGGAUAAGAAGACGGGAUGA